AAGUGAAAGAAAUUCCAUUACACCUUUGUCACACUGCUUUAGAAUUUAAUGAACAACACGUGAUGAAGCGUUUAGCAAACUGGAAAUUCAGUGAAACAAACAGAGCCCUUCUUUCGGAGUUUCUCAUCUUCAGACUGACUGCCUUAAAUGAGCACAGCAAGUUUCCUGUUUGAGGCUAAAUAGCACAAAGAGUAGCAGAGCAAUUUAGGUUGUGGUCAAAAGAUGGACUUGAGAACAGAGACAGACUGGGCCAUCACAAACACAGUGAAGCAGCAUCCAUCUGGCCAGGUACGUUUCUCGUAAGAUAUAAAGACUGAACUUCCUUUCUGAAGAUCUAAAGAUGUAUUACUAAUGUAAAGCUAAGUUUUUGUGCUUUGUUCAACCUGGAAGUACUUGAGGAUUCUACUGUAGAAAAAUCAACUGCAGCGCUAUACAUUCCUCAGUAACUUUUUCUUGGGGUUUUUGUGUCAGUGUAUCAUGACCUGUAUUAUAAAAACAAUGUUACAGCUGCUGCGUUUCAGAGGUUGAAAGGCCAAAGGUGACUUAUCGGAUGCUGUAAAGUGACUGCUGUCUUCAUGGCGGCCGCUCAUCUGCUUAGACUGCUGAGCUUGAUGACUGUUCUCCAGCAGGUGAACGGGUUCAGCAUUAGAGUACCCAAAACAGUUGUUGCUGUUGAAGGGACCUGUGUUAUGGUGCCAUGUCAGACAGACCCUUACGAACGAGUCAACUGGUACCAGUACCAUAAUCUAAAGUAUCCUAUUGUUUAUGAUGGAUUUUAUACUCAUAACGUGGAACAGAAGUUCAGAGGACGCACCAAAGUAUUGGGCAAUGCUGCAGAGGGAAACUGCACCCUGACGAUUGACAAUGUGAGCACAGCUGACCAUAACCUACGUGUUUAUGUGUGGAUCAAUCCAGACUCUCAGACAACUCAGAAAUUCCAUGAUCAAACUGUAACUAUCAGUGUUGAAAGAAAAGCUCCCAUAAUCUAUAUUCAGAAGCAAAUAGUGGAAGGGGAGAUUUUCCAGGCCAACUGCAGCAUAAUCUACUCUUGCCCUUCCUUACCUCCAUCCCUUCAAUGGAACUUAAACACAUUUCUGGAAAACUACACUUUUGUGGAUUUCCACAUGGAAGUGCAUGGCCAAUGGUUCUACAAAAAGACACUGCGUGGAGUAGCAACCUAUCUGAUGAAUAACAGCAGGAUUAGCUGUUCUGCUAAGUUUAAAACCUUUACCAUGGGAAGUCAACAAAUGACACUCAACAUUUCAUACAAGCCUGUCACUGUUAGAGUGAAAAAGGAAAAGAAAGUUGUGGCGGAAGGUGACAGCAUCAUGAUUGAGUGUGUUGCUAAUAGUAACCCCCCACCACACAAAUACCUUUGGUUUAUAAGACAAUUAGACCAGCACAAGAUAGAAAAUUCAACUCAGAGUAAAAAGCAUUUCAGCAACAUUGUACGAGAUACAUCUCUGUCCUGCAUGGCUCAAAAUGCCCUUGGAGUGCAGCAGUCCAUCUGGGUGGAUCUGGAUGUUCAGUAUCCCCCUGUAAUCCUACCUGAGUCCUCGUGCCACCUUACAGGAGACGUUCUGAGGUGUGUCUGUUUGGUUGAUGCAUCCCCUAAUGCUUCUAUAUACUGGACUAUAAAUGGAAAUUACACCCAUUUGUCCUCAUUCGCCUCCGCUUUGACAAAUAAGAAACAUGUAAUCUUUGAGGAAAUAAAGAUUACAGUUAAAACCCAGACCAAUGUAUCGUGCACAGGCAGAAACCCACAUGGAAGUGACACCAAACAGAUACCUGCAGUCAGUUUGUCAGAAUCAUCCCUUAUGUGGCUCAUGCUGCCAGGAAUGAUUUUCCUCUUUGGAUGUGCUGUCCUCAUUUACAGAAAAUAUCCCGUAAAGAGAAUUCAAACAUUUUUUAGGUUAUUUUUUGGAGGAGGUCAUGUCCAACAACAACAGAUAAACAACAAUUUUCGGCGCUCACAAAAUGAGGACACACAAUUAGACCUACAGAGACCUGACAGAGACCUGGAGAUGGAAAGACUUUCCUGUGUUUAUGACAAUGAUUUCCUGGAAGAAAUGCAAAGAUCAGCAAGAUCUCAACACCACCAAAACAGUGAAACGCUUCUCCAAAGCAAAAAUGAAACAGAGCCACUUGACGAGAAUUUGUAUUGCAACACGAGGGUUUGUCUGAAGUGCUGACCAGAGGAAAUUUGCUGCUGUCUCACACAGUCCAUAAUGGAGUCAACAGUGAGCAGUGAGAUCAUUCUCUCAGUUUACAUCAUUUCAUUCCUGAUCGGCUUCCCCUGUAAUCUCUUGGCUCUCUAUGCGUUUAGUACCAAGAUCCGUUCCAAGCCACUUCCAACA